AUUCUGUCUUAAACUCGUUCAAUUAAUGAUUACACUGUUCCUUCUAUCCCUUGUUUCUACACAUUCCCCACUUGUUUUGAUUUAUAUUCUACUCGAUCCACACCAAGAAUCUCCCUAACACACCCUUUUCUUUAUACAUCACUUGGGUCAAGAAAAGGCUCGGCUGUGUUUCAUCUUUUGUGUGUGGAUUGUAUGUAUCUUAUUAAAUUUUACACACACAAGGAGAUGAUGAAUUAGUCCAAGUUGAAGCAGAAGAAGAAGAAGAAGAAGAAGAUUAGAUGGCAAGGGGAGAGUGGGGGUACUACAAUGGGAGAACAAAAUGGUGUUCUUAUAGGAGAACCACUUUGGUUAUUUGUUCAAUUAACAUUGGGGUUGCUCUCUAUGUUCUUCACACUCUUUAUAACUCCCUUUACACCUACCCUUUUAAUGAUCCUCAAAAAGCUGCUAGGUAUACCCCUGAUCAGGUUAGGAAAAUGGAAGAAUCAAAUCAUAUUAGAAAAGAAGCACAACCCACUGAGCUUAUUAAAUUGGUGGAUGAGUUAAAGAAGGAUUUUUCACGAGAAGAGAAGAAGCUUGAUUUGCCAUCACACUUGAAACAUCAGGUAAUUGAUGAGAUCGUGCAAUUAUUGAGGAGCUUGAAGUCCUCCAAUGCAACUGUUCAAAAUGAAGCGAUUGAAAGAUGGCGCAAGCAAAAACUAAAAGAAGCUAGAGAGUUGGCUCGGGGAAAUAGCAUAAGUCCAACCAUUCUGCCCAAGGAAGCAAAAAUUCUUGUUAAAGCAUUAAAGUCUCGCUGGGAUGACUUCAGAGAUGAAAUCGGUCUCUGGAUACCUGUCGCCAUUCCUAACAAGGAACAUGAUGACAAGCCUGAGGGUGAAGAAGAGUUUGACAGCGAAAUAUUAGCUGGCAGGCAGCUUCCUCCCGAGUGCAAUACCGAACGUCAUACAGAUUAUGGUGGGGCAGCUGUUCGCUGGGGCCUGACCCACCAUAAAGAGAGCGCUUACGACUGUUGUCAAGCAUGUCUGGAUCAAGCAAAAAAUGCAAGAGAAGGCGAAAAGCGAUGCAAUAUAUGGGUAUACUGCCCUUCAGAGGGGGGAUGUUACUCUCCGGAUAUAUAUGAACACAAACAGCAAGAAUGCUGGCUAAAAUAUGACGAGAAACCCCAAGUAAGCUUCAAGGACAAGUAUUCCGAAUCUUACAGAAACUCACAUCCAAAUGCUCCGCUGGUUGUUCCGUGGGUAGCUGGGAUUGUAAGUGUAUAAUUUGGCCUACCUUAGGAUGAAAGCUGACAAAAACCCAUUGAAAGCAGGAGGCACGAGAGUUCUUGUCUCUAGGCAACAACGGGUGUGGUUUGUGAAGAACGCAUGCUCUUACUUUUCUUGUUUCUUUCCCCCCUGUUUUUUGCGAUACAAGUAGGGGGGGCUUACCAUUGGUUUUCCUCAAGUUGGAGAACUCGGGGAUGAGAUGAUCUUUUUGGUUAUGAAUGUAAUCUUAUAAAUUUUAACGAUGGGAUAACAAGCAUGCGAGUAUUAUUAAAGUAUAGAGUUAUUAUUGUUUUUGAUGAUAGUACAUUUCCCUUUCUGUAUAGGAAUAUUCAAACUUAGAGAGCUUCCAUUAUAUAUCAUGUUAGCACUGUUCAGCUUCCA